GCAGGAAGGGGUGGGGGUUGUGUGGAAAUAGGAAGGUCUUGCAAUCAGAGUAUUCUUAGUCGUUCCAAGGCAGCGCGAGAUGAGAUGUCGGGGCGCCAGGAAGCCGCGUGAAGAGAGCUGGAGCCGAGCCUGGUGAGGAGCGCACCUCCCAUCCUGCGGGAGCCCCAUGGAGUCCCUGGUGAAGGCCGUCCUGCUCUCGCUGCUGCUAGACCCGGCGUUUCUCCUGACCCAGCAGGACGAGGGUGGACCGGGCACAGCCGCCCAAAACUUCUCCUGUCUUAUCUACGACGCCGAUUUCAUGAACUGCACUUGGGCAAAGGGCCCAUCAGCCCCCGACGACGUCCAAUAUUUUUUGUAUCUGAAAGACGCAGAGAGCCUUUCGGGAUCUUGCAGGAAGAACCUGAACGGGAGAGAAUGUCCUCGUUACGCAGAAGACUCAGGAACCCACGUGGGAUGUCACUUCCAAAACCUGUCAGGAUUAGCGUUCCACACUUGCUUCCUGGUUAACGGUACCAGCCAACAAACAGGAAUCCAGUUCUUUGAUACUACUUUGUCGAUUCAUAAAAUAGAAAGAUACAGCCCUCCCCAUAAUAUCACCGUGCACUGCAACACGUCACGCUGCCUCAUCCAGUGGGAAACGCCCCGGACCCGACGCCAAGCGUCCAACUUGUACUUCCAGUUCCAGCUGGACAUCCGGACGCAGGACAACAUGCAACCCGGUGGCAAUCAACUGGUGGACGUGUCUGGUACUUUCGGGAAUAGAUACAGCUUUCUGAACCCUCCACCCACAGCCAAAUAUGUUGUGAGAAUAAGAGUGGCAGACACCAGGCUCCUGCAGUGGAGUGAAUGGAGCCAGCCGGUUGCAUUCGGCUCGGAAGAACGAGAAGCCAGCCCAAUUCCUGUCUACACGCUGGUGAUCGUAGGGACCGUCAUCUGCUCCCUGAUUCUCGGCUUCGUUUUAAAAAGGUUUCUCCAGAGUUACUCUGUUUGCACACCGAUUCCGGGGAUCAAAGAUACAUUGAACGAAAACCAUCAAACUGACAACCAGAUCGUCUGGGAGACAAUGGUACUUGAUGCAGGAAAAGGUAACGACGAAGAAGUGUUGACAGUACAAGAGGUCACAGAAUCCACAGCAACCCCAUGAAUGUCACAAAUGUCCCCCUGCCCCGGUCGUGCUGGAACUUGUGUGUGUGCGUCUAUGUGUGUGUUUCAUUGUUUCCAGCAUUUGUAGAG